UUAUUUCAGUUUUAGGUACUGCAUAGUAGUGAUCUCUCGCAAGCGUUUCACUCUCCUCCUCUAGGACCCUCCUCUUUUCCUCCUUGGCAUCUCGGGGAUGCAGAGCGCAGGUGGGUGGGGUAUUUCUAUCUGGAGAUGCUUCCCGUUCCUCCUUGUCGGCUCGAUUUUAGAAUUUAGAAUUUUUUCCUUUUUUUUCGGAAAUCUAUAUAGAAGAUAAGGAGGAUGGAUGGAGGGAUAGGUGAGCGGAACGUCUGAUUUUACCUCAACAAAGCACUCGUCUUAGGACCAAGGAGACCUGGUGGAAAAAAAAGGAGAGGAGAACGUCCAGCGUCUUACGGGAAGCUGUCGGCCACCUCAUUUUUCUUUAACCUCCUUGCGAAGGCGUGAAAAAAACAAACAAAUUGGGAAAUAAAGAGAUCGCCGCGGUUAUUGUUUCUGGGUCGGAAGGAAAACGAAAUAGAACCCAGGCGUCUUAGAUACACCCUCGAGGAGGAAGAAGAAGAUGGCGUGGCCUUGUGUCACCAGAGCAUGUUGCAUCGCCCGCUUUGGCAACCAGCAAGACAAGAGUGACAUCGCAGUCCCUUUAAUAUUUACUAAAUAUUCGGCGGUGACAGAUGGAGCGAAGAAUUCACCACGCCCUGGGUCUGCUGCCAUAGAAACGCAGCCAUCGUUGGGGGAUCCUUACUAUGGAGGCCGACCUCGCUUAACCAGAGAAGGCUCGGUCAUGCAACAGGACUACAAGGCGUGGAAGUCGAAGCCGGAGCCCAGCUGCAAGCCGAAAGUCGAGUAUCAGCCCUCCGAGGCGCCGCUGGAGAGGGAGACGCAGUACAAGAAAGAUUAUAGGUCGUGGCCCAUUCCUCGCCAAGGCGACCAUCCGUGGAUUCCGAAGCCCAUCCCGGGGCCCGUGGUCCAGACGCACGCCAAUGAGGACAAAAAGAGGAAGGAUCUUAUGGGGGCCGUUCUUCCCCCGGCCGAGAAAAAGAGCACGGAGUCGGCGCGUGCGGAGAGCGCCGAGCAAAGAGCGGGGAAGGCACCGGUGGCGUUCAGCGUGGCCCCUGAGAUCCUGAUAUCGGUGGUGGAGGAGAACAAGGAGCCCCAGAAAGCAGCCAAGCAGACUCUAAGCUCUCUCCAAAACCAGGUCAACGGGGAAAGCAGAGCCGCGUCCUCAUACAGGAAUGAGUUCAAAGCGUGGACCGAUGCCAAGCCCUCGAAGAGUAUAAGAACCCGCUCCCUUUACAAGCCCCCCGAGGAAAAAGUUUCCCACGAAACCAGCUACAAUUCCCAAUUCAAGGGCGAAGCCAACCAGCCCGGGGACAACAAGCUGAGCGACCGCCGGAGGAUACGCAGCCUCUACAGCGAGCCCUACAAGGAGACCGUGAAGGUUGAGAAGCCUAGUGUUCAGACUUCCAGACCAAAAAAGACACCCAUCAGCCAUAAGCCUGUGAAAAAGGCCAAGGAAAAGCAGACUGUACCUGGCCGGGUUUCCAAGAAGAAGACCGCGGAGGCUUCCCCCACCACCAAGCCUGAGGACAAGGAGAAGAGUAACGAGAUUAACAAUAAACUAGCGGAGGCAAAAGAGUGUGCAAUAAACCCAAAGAAUGAUCCGGACCAGGAGCACCAAGUCACGGGACAGACCACGGCAUCCGUACAGUAAAUGUGUGUUUCUCUGCCAAAAACUCCAUUCCAGGAGCCCUGCGUAUAAC